AUGCACAAUGAGCGUAAUAAGGAUGCCUGGAAUGAAUCUGCGAAUGAACUGAAAUGCAGAGAUACAAUCGUUAUUCCGAGCUCUCCCAAACAACCAAACAUCGUGCCUUUCCUCUUUUGGUACAUCAUGACUAAGCCGCAAAACACGUCGACUGAGGGGAGCUGGAACAACCUCGGCCCGAAAUCAGGCUUGGCGCUGAGCACGCAAUUGAGAGCGCUUUUGCGCGAUUCUCAAAACACCAACGCGGCAAGCAAACGAGAGCUGCCUGCCUGA